AUAAGCUGAAAGGAAACACGUCGCCGACUUGAAAUGGAAUUCGAAGAAAGUUCAUUUCGGUGUGGACUCUCGACGACGAUGGACCAAAUCAGAAACGGAUGGUUCAGUGAAAUCAACGAUUUGUGGCCCGGACAGUGCAUGAGUCUACAAGUUGACGAGGUUUUAUACCACGAAAAAUCCGACUACCAGGAUGUCAUGGUCUUAAAAACUAAACAUCACGGGCGCGCCCUCAUCCUCGACGGCAUAAUCCAAUGCACCGAACACGACGAAUUCUCCUACCAGGAGAUGAUCUCCUUCCUCCCCUUAUGCGCCCACCCCUCCCCCAGCAACGUCCUCAUCGUGGGAGGCGGCGACGGAGGCGUGGCCCGCGAAUGUCACAAACACCCCCUCGUCAAACAAAUCGUCCAAGUGGAAAUCGACGCAAAAGUCGUAGACGCCAGUAAACGUUUCCUCCCAUUCAUGGCCAGCGGUUUCACCUCCAACAAACUCACGCUCAACAUCUGCGACGGUUUUAAAUACAUGGAACAGCACAAGAACGCCUUCGAUGUCAUUAUCACCGAUUCAAGCGAUCCGAUUGGUCCAGCCGAGAACCUCUUCACCGAAUCCUAUUUCAAACUGUUGAAAGGGGCGUUGAAAGAGGGCGGAGUUAUAUGCAGUCAGAACGGGACGGUAUGGGCGGGGCUUGAUCACGUCAAACAGACGAUGAAUCAUUGUAGGAAAUUCUUCGAGACGGUUAAGUAUGCCGUGACGAGUGUACCGACGUAUCCUUCGGGACAAAUCGGGUUUGUGGUGGCAGGAGAGAGGGGCGAUUUGACCGUUCCCAAAUUUAGGGUGGGGGAGAGGGAGGUGCGCGAAAUGGGCCUGAAGUAUUACAACGCAGAGGUGCAUACCGCCGCUUUUGUGCUACCGAAUUUUGUAAAAAAAGUAUUGUACCAGUAAAAAAUAAAGUGAAACAUUUUACAGAUUCCUGAAUUAUCUGUAAUGACGUUUUUUGUCUUUGGUCUUUCGGGAGUUUUAAUUUUAAUCAAUAAUCUUUGUUAGAAAUAUUAGUAACUUGUUAUUAAUAAAAUACUGUAACAGUCACCUCAUUUGGUGAUGCAUUAACUCUUAAAUAUAUACAAAAAAAAGUAAUCAAAAAAUAAUCUGGAGAUUUCGUCAA